CUCACACACAAUUUGCAACCAACUCCAAUAUUGAAAAAAAAAAAAGACAGGUAGCGAAUAUAGCUAAACCCACCACUAGUGCGCUCUAGCUACACACACAAAUUCAGUUAUCCACUCCAUUUUCACUUUCACUUUUUCUAUAUAGCACACAACUUCUCUCUCCAUCUCCAUUGAUAUUUUCAAGCUCUAGUUAUCUGCAUUUUGCAUAAUUAUUACUCUGAGAUGAUGAUCAGAGAUAAAAUUUUGAAAUUGCAUCACCGGCACAAGUCGUCGUCUUCUUUUUUGGAAAAAUCAGGACAUCGAUUUGACUUCUCCUUCUCCAACCUACAAGCUCGACAGGUACCUAAAGGAUGGGACAAACUUUCCCUCUCUCUUAUCUCUGUGGAAACAGGGAAAACAGUCAGCAAAUCAGGGAAAGCCUCAGUACGAAAUGGUAAUUGCAAAUGGACAGAAACAUGGUCACAGUCCAUGUGGAUUACCCCAGAUGAUAUUUCAAACAACCAAGAGCAAUUCCCUCUUAAGUUUAUUGUAACAAUGGGAUCUGCAAGAUCUAGCAUUCUCGGAGAGGCUUCUGUAAAUCUUGCUCGCUUCAGGGAUGCAAAAGCUUUUACUCCAGUUUCCUUACCUUUGAAAAAAUGUAACCAUGGCACAGUUCUACAACUGGAGAUCAAGUGUUUGACAUCAAUCAGGGAUAAUGAAUCCAAAGACAUGCCCUUCUAUGCUGAAGAAGAGAACAUGGAAUACAAUAACAUGGAAAUGAAAUCAGAGGAAAGAAGCCUCCCACGGCUGAGUUCAUAUCAUAGCUUUGCCUCUACAGAGGAUUCAUUGGGCAGAGAAAGCUUUUCAUCCCAAAGUGACUCAAAUAGGCAUGGUAACCUCAUAAUUGGUAGACAAGAAUCAAUUGAUUCCAGGAGUAGUGCAUCCUGUGGUUCUUACUCUUUUUGUGAAUCACCCAAAUCGUACAACUCUCCCUAUAAUUUAAUGAUCUCAGGAUCAGGAAAGAAUGCUCAAAAUCAAAAAGAUGAUUUCAAACAGUUCUCACAUGAUAACACCGCAUCAGUGCAACUUUCUGCUUCCUCUAGAAACUCCUUACAAGCCAAAGAUACUAUCAGUAAAGAACUAAUUGCAGAGGCCAUGAUGUGGGAACAAAAUGCUCAAAGCUUAAAGACUGACUUGGAAAUGUCAAGGAAGGAGUUUGCUGACCAGUCACAGCAGAUAGAAAACCUUAAGAUGGAGCUUUGUUCAUUGGGUACAGAACGUGAUGGAUCGAUGCAAGAAAUCAGACACCUUGAGAUCCUUUUACAAGAAUCCAUGGAAAAGGAAAAAUCAACUGAGAGUUUAAUGCUCCGAGUCAGAGAUAAGGAUAGUGUUGAAAAGAUUUUAAAAGAGGAACUUAGGAUUCAAAAAGAAUCAAAUGACGAUAUGUCUUUCCAGCUAAGUAAAACUCAAGAAUCAAAUAUUCAACUAGUCUCUAUUCUGCAGGAGAUGGAAGAAACUGUUGAAAAGCAGAAAUUGGAGAUUAAGAACCUUUUAGAAGUAAAGUCGAAUUCUGAGAACCAACAGAACCUAGAGGACAAGCUUCAACAGUUGCAAGAAUCACAGAAAAAUCUGGAAAACACCACUCUCCAUCUGGAGAAAAUCAUCAGGGAGAAAACUCAUGAGAUUGAACUUGAACGAGAUCACAGGACUCAGGCUCUUAUAGAUUGUGAAGAAAAAUGGAAAAAUAGGUCAAGAGAACAAGAAGAGGAAAUUACUUAUUUGAAGGCAGAGUUAUCCAGACUUUUAAGUGCCGAGGACUCCAAGACAAGUGAGAUCAAAGCUGAAGCUGACUGUGAUCUGAUCAAGGAAAAUGAGACUCUCAAGGAAAGACUCCAGGAACUUGAGAGAGAUUGCAAGGAGCUGACCGAAGAAAACCUGGAACUUCUGUACAAACUGAAAUCAAAGGGUUCUGAAAGUAAGCAGAAAACCUGUGAUCAGGAAGAAAACUUAGCUCUGGAGUUUCACUCACUAGUUAGGGACAAUGCUUUGAGGCCAAAUGCUGAAAUCAACUCAUGUUGCGUUGAAGUACAAGAACAAGAUCAGAGAACUGAGGUUGCUGCAAUGCCAUCUGAAUGUCAGCAGGAAGGAGAUUGUCAAGAUCGUUUCACUCAUAAAAAUGUACCCAUAAUAUUUCAGAGUUCCGAGUCAGGACAUAUUGAAGAUAUCUAUACCCUACUCAACACAUUAUGUCAUCCCGCUAAGGACGAGCAAGCUAAUGCAGUGUUGAAAAAUUUCCAGUUAUUGAGGUACAGGUUGGCUCUAUAUCUUGAUGGUAGUCAACAUAUCGAGGAUGAACCCAAAACAACAUUAAAGGAUGCAUGUGAAGUUCAAGAUGAGGAAAAGGAUGACCUUCCAAAGGAAAAUACUCCUUGUUCUUGCUGUGAAAGGCUUGAGGAUUUAAAUAAGGUGCUAGAGGGCAAGAUUCAAAAUUUAAGUAGUGAUAGUUUAGCUAAGAACUCGGAGAUACUGGAGCUGAAGACAAAAUGUUUGAAAAAGGAUGUAAAGAUCGAAGCGCUAAGGCAUCAGCAGACUGAUUUGAGUACUCAAAUCUCUGAUCUCCAGAUGAGUAAAUGUCUGAUGGAGGAGAGAAUAGAAAACAUGCAACAAGAACUUAGUGCCACCUCCAAUUCUUUAGACACUUCCGCAAAUGGUUUGAUGUUUCUUGAUCAAUGUAUUUGUGGAGGAGUCUCUAAAAUGACGUACGAAAUGAAAUCAUUAGAGCUAGAGAGUGAUAAGUAUGAGUUAGAACUUAAUUUGCAUGAAUUAGAAAAAGAAAAUGUAGAUCUGUCAGAACGAGUAUCAGGAUUGGAAGCUCAACUAAGGCAUUUGACUGAUGCAAUGGAAUUCAAUCGUUUGGAACUGCAGCAUUCUGGUAAUCGUGUUGUGAGCCUUGAGAGCAAGAUUAGAAAAUUAGAACAUCAAAAGGAGUCACAAAAGCUCGAUAUGAAAGAACAGUUGAUGGAGAUGCAAAAGCGAUGGUUAGAUGCUCAAGAAGAGUGCGAGUAUCUGAAGAAAGUAAAUCCAAAGCUCCAAGCAACAACAGAAAGUCUUAUGGAAGAGUGUUGUUUGCUUCAAAACUUGAAUGCAGAACUAAGGCAACAAAAAUUAAAAUUACAUGUGAGCCAUAAUGUUUUGGAAGCAGAAUUGAGGAAAUCUCAGCAUUCUUUCUCCACCUGUUUGAAAAGGAUAGAGUCUUUAGAAGCUAACUUUUCUUCAGUGAUGGAAGAGAUUGAAUCAAAAGAGAAGAUCCUUAAGUUCAAACUUGACGAUCUCCACCUACAGACUAAAGAGCAUGGAGAAAAAUUUCUUGUAGAAGGGUGCACUCUGCGUGAAAUGUCUCCGGAGAACACAGUUGAAGUCGAAAAGUUGCAAGAACAGGUACAAUCCCUGAUGGUAGAGAUGUCAGAUCUUAUGAGUGAACUUGGUACUUCCAAAGCCAAGGAGGGAACUUUGGCAGCUAAUUGUGAUAAGCUACUGAGGAUGAUGGAACAUCUUGUAUCCAGUGAAGCAAAGCUUAAAUGCACCAUUAAUGAGCUUGAGUCAAAACUACUGUCUUCUGAAUGUCAAAUGCUGCAAAUGACUGAAGAGAAUUCUAGCCUAAAGAUUCAACUGCAUACAUUACCAUUACUUCAGGAGGAAGUUUUGUAUCUUAAAGAAGCACUAUCUGGGAUGAAGUUUGAAAGUGAGAGAACACAAGUUACACUGUUGUUGAAAUAUGGAGAUUGUGAAGAGUUGAAGGAAGAGAAGGCAUCAUUACUUCAGGAAAUCACCUGCAUGCAGAAGGAAGUGGCGGAAGCAGAAAAAUGCAAAUACAAGACAAUUGCACUAGAGGAGAAAGUUCUGAGGCUGGAAGGAGACUUAACUGCAAAAGAAGUAAUGUGUACCAAAGUUUCCGAGCUGAAAAAUGAGCUUUGCCAGCUUAGAAGAGCAAAUAGCCAACUUCUGUGGCAAAUAAAAUCCCUUCAAUUCGAGAAAGAGAACUGCUUGAAGCAAGUCACAUCCCUCGAGGAAAAAUUGUCGAAAAAACGACCAGACAACCAAAGAGAGGAUGAUGAUACCAUUCCUACUCUAGAUGAGCUGAAGUUUUCAGAGGUAGAGGAAGAGAACUUCAGCAAGCAUCAGCAUGAGAUAAUUACUCAAUCUCUUCAAUCAGAGAAAUACUUGAAAGUUCAGAAGAUUCAAGGCAACUUUCAACUGGAUGGAAACAAAGAAAGCAAUUACUACAGAGAUUUUCAAGGGACUCUUGCCAAAAGUGUAUCAGCGAACCAAUUUCCGGGCGAUACAGUAGCUCAGACUUUAGACAGCAAUUAUAUCCAUGAUGAAUCCCAUCUAAUUAGUUUGUCAUCCAAAGGAAGAGACGAUAAUAUGCAAAAAGUAUCUCAGCUUGAAUCUGAACUACAAGAAAUUCGUGACCGGUACCUGAACAUAAGUCUUAAAUAUGCAGAAGUGGAGGAUCAGCGCGAGCAACUCAUAAUGACCUUGAAAUCCAUACAUGAUCAGAAGACAGCUACAGGAUACCGUAGCCUUUCCUCUUUCUGGUAAACUGGUGCUGAUAUGUGACAUUUUUUCUCCGGUACACUAUUUUCAUACACAGCUCAUUCAAUGAAAGAAUUGUAGAAAUAAAAUGUUGAAAAAGUGUUGGGGUCAUUUUCGUUGAACAGACCCCAGUAUACGAUAAUUUAAAAAUGUGACAAUCGCCAAUAGAGUAGCAAAUGUAUAGGUAGUUUGUGAUCCUCUUUGGUGAAGGAGUCAUUUAGCAGAGUACAAGAAGUUCAUUUCUGCCAUUGUUGUACAUGAUUGGUCUAGGUAAUUAUUCAGAUGCAUCCUACAAAUUAAGCAAUAAAUUUUUAGAGUAAAUUUUUUUUUUCCUU